UCUUUAACGUAUGUACUGUUACGUUGUCGAUAUCCUUCAAUAAAAAAGGGGCCAAACAAAAGCCCUACUUCCCAUGUGACCGAACUUGUGAUUGCCCCAACCAGACCGAAUCACGACAUAAUUCUUCUUUAAAUUCUCCGAAUCUUUUUUUUUUUCUUUUCAUUCUCCUUGAUUUCUUGUCACCUUCCCCAUGCACGUUUCCUCACUCGCCCUUUACGUUACUCUUUUCAUCUCUCUCACAAUAGCCAUGCCUUUUCUCUAAAAUCCCCAUUCACAGUUCAUGCUCUCUCUCUCUCUCUCUCAGUUCUCCACUGUUUUCUUCGGUGGAAGACGAUGAACAGUCCUUGUUUCUUCCUCCUAUUCGUCUCUCUUGUUUCUCUGUGUUUUCUUCGGGUUUUCUCCAAUGGAGAUGCUGAAAUCUUGAUCCGGAUUAAAAUGACCCGCCUCCAUGACCCGGAUGGGAAGCUAAGCGACUGGGUCCUCGCCGGAGAACAGGGCAGCAGCCCGUGUAACUGGACUGGGAUUUCUUGCGGCCAGGCAAACGGUUCGGUCACCAAGAUUGAUCUUUCCGGGUUCGGUCUUUCCGGCGAGUUCCCGUACGGUUUCUGCCGGAUUCGGACGCUCAGGAAUCUCACCCUCACCGACAACUAUCUCAGUGGCACGUUUGUGUCUGAGUCUCUCUCCCUCUGCUCCCACCUCCACGUCCUGAUUCUCAAUGCGAACUCUUUCUCUGGGAAGUUGCCGGAGUUUUCGCCGAAUUUUCGCCGCUUACGUGUUCUUGAGUUGGAGUCCAACGAGUUUUCCGGCGAGAUUCCGGAGAGCUACGGACGGUUUCCGGCGCUUCGAGUUCUCAACCUUAACGGGAACACGCUGAGUGGCACUAUCCCUGCAUUUCUGGGGAAUCUGUCCGAGUUGACUCGGCUUGAACUCUCUUUCAUCCCCUUCAGUCCUGGUCCGAUUCCGUCGAGGAUCGGGAACCUGACCAAGCUUACGUAUCUUCGGUUCACUAAGUCGAGACUGGUCGGAGAAAUUCCGGAAUGGAUCGGGAAUCUGGUUUCGCUCACGAAUCUCGAUUUGGCCACGAAUGAUCUCUCCGGCAAAAUUCCCGAUAGCAUCGGAAGGCUGAGUUCUAUAUAUCAGAUCGAGCUAUUUGAGAAUCAACUGUCCGGAGAGUUACCGGAAAGUAUCGGGAAUUUAACAGUUCUGAGGAACUUCGACGUGUCGGAGAAUAAUCUCACCGGGAAAUUGCCGGAGAGGAUCGCGGCCUUGCAACUCUCCUCUUUCAAUCUCAACGACAAUUUCUUCACCGGAGAAAUACCAGAAGUCUUAGCUUUUAACCCUAAUCUGGUUCAAUUCAAGAUCUUUAACAACAGUUUCACCGGUACUUUACCGACAAGUCUUGGCAGAUUCUCCGAUUUGGAAGAAAUCGAUGUAUCGACGAACAAUUUCACCGGAGAAUUGCCUCCGUUCCUCUGUUACAGGAAAAAGCUUCGGCGUGUUAUCAUUUUCAACAAUCACUUCACCGGAAAGUUACCGGAAUCUUACGGCGAUUGUCCAUCGCUUUAUUACGUUCGGAUGGAUAACAAUAAUCUCUCCGGCGAAAUCCCUGCCAAGUUUUGGGAACUUCCUCUGUUUCGUCUUGAGCUAUCUGACAAUCGAUUCGAAGGUACAGUGCCUCCAUCGAUGUCCAGUGCUCGCCACCUCUCGCAGCUGGACCUCUCCGGCAACAAAUUUUCCGGUCCGAUCCCGGCCAAAAUGUGUGAUCUCCGGGACCUCAUUCGAAUCGAUCUCAGCCGCAACCGUUUCUCCGGCAUUCUCCCACCUUGUAUCACGGAGCUGAAGAAGCUAGAGAGAGUGAACAUGCAGGAGAACCUGCUCGACGGCGAGAUUCCGAGUUCCGUGAGUUCGUGGACUCAGUUGACUGAGUUGAACCUCUCGAAUAACCGCUUCCGCGGCAUGAUUCCGCCGCAACUCGGUGACUUGCCUGUGCUGACCUAUCUCGAUCUCUCGAAUAACGAAAUCUCCGGCGAGAUUCCGGCGGAGCUCUCGAAACUGAGGCUGAACCGGUUCAACGUCUCCAACAACAGAUUGCACGGUAGAAUCCCUACUGGAUUUCAGCAAGAGAUCUUCAUCUCGAGUUUUAUGGGAAACCCGAAUCUCUGUGGGCCGGAUCUGUAUCCGAUUCCUCGUUGCCGAUCCAAACCCGAAACUCCAUACAUUAUCGCCAUUGCAGCUAUCUGCGUUGUGAUCGUCACCGGUUCUUUGGCUUGGUUGUUCCUCAAAAUCAGUCCUUUGUUCCAUAGAAAACCCAAUCGCGCGUUCAAAGUAACCACCUUUCAGCGAGUUGGGUUCACCGAGCAAGACAUAUUCCCACAUUUAACCGAAGAGAACAUAAUCGGGUCAGGCGGGUCGGGUCUGGUUUACAGAGUGGUCCUGGAAUCAGGUCAAACCCUGGCGGUGAAGAAGCUAUGGGGAGAACCUGGUCGGAAACCCGAGUCCGAGUCCGUUUUCAGAACUGAGAUCGAGACACUGGGUCGGGUCAGGCACGGCAACAUCGUGAAGCUCCUCAUGUGCUGUAGCGGCGAGGAGUUCCGUAUCCUCGUGUACGAGUUCAUGGAGAACGGCAGCUUGGGUGACGUUCUUCACUCGGAGAAAGGACGCCGUGCCGUUUCACUCCCCGACUGGACGACACGGUUUUCGAUCGCCGUGGGUGCCGCUCAGGGACUCGCUUAUCUACACCACGACUGCAUGCCGGCGAUUGUACACCGCGACGUGAAAAGCAACAAUAUAUUACUCGACAGCGAGAUGAUGCCACGUGUCGCUGAUUUCGGAUUGGCCAAACCGUUAGAGGCAAAAACCAAGAGCAAUGCUACCACGUCCCAGUCCAACAUAGCCGGUUCGUACGGCUACAUUGCCCCCGAAUACGCGUAUACUUUGAAGGUGAACGAGAAGAGCAAUGUAUACAGUUUCGGGGUGGUAUUGCUCGAGUUGGUAACGGGAAAAAGACCGAAUGAUCCUUCGUUUGGGGAGAAUAAGGACAUUGUCAAGUUUGCAAUGGAAGCUGCGUUGUCUUACUCGUCAUCUUCCUCACCCGUCGAAACGAGUUGCGACUCGUCGGGGCAUUUCGGUGACGUAAGCAAACUCGUCGACUCGAGGCUGAAGCCUUCUGCGAGUGAUUACAAAGAGAUUGAGAAAGUUGUGGACGUCGCUCUUCUCUGUACGUCGUCGUUUCCAAUCAACAGGCCCACCAUGAGGAGAGUGGUCGAGUUGCUGAAGGAGAAGAAGCCGUCUCCUGUUAAAUAAAACGGCAGCGUUUUACGCUGUCCUCUUUUGUUUUGGGCUUGUAGAAUGUUUAGAAUGGUAGUUGGGUUUGGGCUUACUCUGCUUUUGGGCUUUAUAUUUAUAGCAAAAAAUUACAUUUUAGAAGCAAAUUUCGAAAUGUAAAAUAUCUAAUUUGGUAAAAGUUCCGUUUUGUGCGGGUGAUGUAAUAUAGUAUUAUAACAUUUUUUAUAUUAA